AGCGGGUUUUGGCGGCGGGCUGACUUGUUUCGGUUUCGGUUAAUAACUCGUAAGCCGUCACUGACAUUCAUUGCCGUCGACGGCCGGCCGAGGCGAGGGUUUUUGUUACCGAGUAACACAAAAUGUGGCGGAAAACCACUUUCCCGGCAAAUGAAGAUUCUGAUCAGAGCAUUUCCGAAGAGGAAGAAGUGGCUCCUGACUCCCCAGAAAAUUACAUAGAACUAGCCCGAACUACAGAGAGGGAGGGAGGACUACAAAUUCAAUCACAGCUUGAGGUACUCAUAGAUACUCAUGGUCUUGGUCGUGGAACAGAGGCUGCUAUUUUAUUUAACAAGAGUCAAACAGGUUGCUCUUGUGAAGAUGAGGUUGAAAUUCCCGUCUUCCACUAUGAGGAUGACGUAGUUAGUUCUCCAACUAUGGCAUCUAAUUGCAACUUAGAAUUGGAUGAAGAAAUUCUGUCUGAUGAUGAGGAAAUCAAUCUUCAUACCUCUGGACACAAAAAACAGGAUGUGGUGUGCACAUGGUCCGGAGUAACUAAAGAAGCUCAGGAACUAGUUCAUUCAAUUGAAAAUGCUAGGUCUUCCUCAUUGCAUCCAGUCACUUCCAAUGUGAACAAACUAUGUAAAGGGCGCUAUGCCAGAGGCAAAUCAAAACUUCUGUUCCAGUUCCAGUCACACGAGAGUGAUAUUUUCCAGCCAGUUAGUGGUAAAGCUGAUGUUAAAAUUUCAUAUGAGGGCUCCUCCGUGCUGCAAGAACUAGAAGCUGUUGAUAAUAAAGCAAUGAAAAGUCCAACAGCUGAGAUUCUAGAAACCUUUCAGGGAGGAAAGAUUGAACAGUCAGAGAAUAGUGGGGUGCCAGCUGAAAUGGCAAUUGGACAUAAAUAUAUGAAAUAUUCGAUGACUGAGCUUCUGGAUAGUUACAAGGACAGGACUGGUCUUCCAGAGGCAAAUUCUACUAUGUAUACUAGAAGAAGAGGGCAGAGGCUGCAUCUGGUUCAUGAGAGGAAUAUAUCUCCAUUAGGUGAGAGAAAUUUGGAUAACAAAGACCCCCCUGAGGCUUUGGACAGUCAAUCAUCGACUGAUGAUGAAGAAUCUCCUCAGGCUCAUGUUCAAAAUUUGGGGCUUAUCAACCCUGAACACAAAGAAAAGACUAUGACUGACAAAUUUCAAGAAGCUUUUGGUGCUACUUCUAUACACAAUGGGGAACCCCAUUUUGCACUGGAUGGGACUGGACUAUUUGGAAAGUUGCAGCAGGUAAUGCAGAGUGAAAAUAAAAGAGAUGCCAAUUUCUUAAAAAGAUUAGAGACUGCAGCUGGCUCAAAAGAUGAAGCAAACUGCAUUAAUGUGGAAAUUCUAUCAAAGUGUUCGGAAGCAAAGCUGACCAUUUGUUGCUGCUCCCUCAGUAUUGACAAAGAGAAUUCCCAGUUAGUGAAGAGCCUUCAGAAGCAGAUGCCUUUGACCGUCAUUUUCAACUCAAGAAUAUGCUACAAUGUCGAGCUGGAAGUUGGGAACCUGAUACGCAUUCACCCUCCAUGGAAUGAAAUACAAGCUGGCGAGAGAGAUGGGGUCAUCAUCCUAUCUGCAUAUUUCUCCCAGGUUUUCUCUUGAUCAAUUUUUUUUUUUUUAUCAUCUCGGAAAGGUACAUACAUACAAGACAAGGCUGCAAAAAUGAUUGGCGAGCUAUACUUCAUGCAGCCGACGACCCAUUUAGUGAGGUCAAAUCUUGGUAUAUGAUGUUGUUUCUGUAUCUCAAAAUGGUAUAAUCGGGAUGUAUUCUAACUUCUCUUCACUUAAUUAUUAUUGAACAUCUCACGGAUUAGUACUUAUAAAACAAGAAAUGUACAUGAUUCUUUUCAUAUAAUGGAAAUGGGUUUGGAAGUA